AUGGCUUCAGAGGUCCUAGGUACUCCUGGUGAUAAGACAGCUCUCGAGAGCCAAGGGAUUUCAGGCACUGAUGAGGUUACUGAGACCAUGCAGAUCCUGGAGGCUCAGGGAAUCGAAAAAGUGCAGGAUAUGGAUGAAGUUAUGCAGAUUGAUGAAUCAUUAAUGAUUCCUGAACUUGAACAGGUUUCUAUGGUAGGCGCAUAACUCUAAUUAAUGUUUAUUUGCAUCUUUGUAUUAUCAUAACAAUGGUAAACUACAUGUGCAGUUAUUUUACAACAAUAGUAAAACUCAAAAAUUCUAAAGUCUUGUUAUUACAGCCUGUACUCAUGUUGAAAGUUUGUUUUUUGUAGGAUACUCCAACUGGACAUGCUGGGAAUUGCACAACAUGCAAAACCCUGAGGAGUGAGGUGACUCAGUUAACGGGCAAACUCACAAGACUGAAGAGUAAGUUAAUCUCCAAUCAAGAUCAGUGGGUUGAAACCUUUAAGAGCAUACAAGAGCCGAAGCAGUUGCUGAUAGUGAAUGCUGGUGAGUCAACAAUAAUUGAUGUUGAUGAGUCAUAUAGGCAUAACUGCCUAUCUUUAUAUUUUUAUUAUAUUUUAUCAAUAUUUGAUUAUUUAAUAAUAAUUAAAAUUUUAAUGGUGAUAGAAUUUUUUAAAUUCCAUUUGUUUAAGUUAUUCAAACUGAUCCAUGGCCAGUAACAAAUGAGACAGAGUUAGGGCUAGAGGGUGAAUCAGAAGAUGAGCAGGAAAUGCAGGAUGACGCGUAUGAGGAGUUUGAGUGUGAUGAAGACCCUACAUGGAGUCCUGAAGAAAUCGAAGAUGCAUAUACAAAACUAAAGGAAGAUGAUGACUCGGUGAAGACUCAUCAGAACCCAAGGUACAAAGAUGCAAAAUUUAUUGCAUUUUAACAUCUUAGCUCUAAGUAUCCUCUGGGAAGUGAUUUAGGCCUAAAACUAACUUCCAGUAUGAGAGGAUCUAUUUAGAAACAAGACUACAUGAAAUUUGUUUUUUAAUUUACUCAGAUAAGAAUUGUAAAAAAAAAAGAAGAAGAAGAGGCAUAGCCAGCCCAUACACUGGAAGUCCCAGGCCUAAAAAUGUUUGGUUUGUCCACUCAACCACUUGUAAUAAAUUAUGCAUCGUUGGGGUGGGCUAGAUAGCUUAAGGGCUCAAAGUUGUCAUGUGUGCAAUCAACAGAAUUAUUAUAAAAAAGCAUUUUUCAGGAUGUAUGUGAGAAUAAAAUCCCAACCCACAAUUAGCCAGGUUUACAACAAGUUGAAAAACUGGCAACACCCUGAGAAAAACAAUAAAAAUGAUAAUCAUUUUUUUUAUUGUUAUUUUAUUAUUUCAGAUGCUAUGAUUAAAUGAGUAUUUCCUUUCAAUCAUUUUUUACAGGUUGGAUCUACAAGGAAAAAACAUUCGAGAGGAACCGAAGGAAAUUGUUUUCCUUUCCAAACUUCUUCUUUUGUUUCAGUUCUGCCACUUGUGCUUCUUUUCAAAACCCAAACUUUCUGUAUCACAGACAGGUACCUUGUUAACCGUAGAAAGUUUCUGCAGAAACUGUAGCCAGACAAAAGUCUGGAAGAGUCAACCAGACCUGCUAGGAAAGUUUCCAGCAGGUAACCUGCUAUUAAGUUUUGCAGUGCUCUGUGAGCCAAAUGAAAAGAAAGAAACGAUACAUUAA